AUUGUGGUACAUCUUCGUGUAUAUAACCGAUGCCGAUCCGAUAUGCAGCUUACCGGUAAACGGCACCGAUUUUUAUCUGGGCAGUCUGGGCACUCGGUGCCGAUCAAGAGGUCAUUCCAAGGAAUGAAUGUACCUUAAUAGUUACCGCGGGGCUAUGUCGAGGCAUCGGCUCAGCGUCAGCAAUAGAAAAAUAGAAAGUCAUAAUAUUAACAAACACUAGUCUAUGCUUUCUUCUUGAUUUCUCAAUGUCUUUGCGUCUACGUAAAUAUUGGUCUCGUUCAUUAUGGCCAACGACGAAAAGAGGUCCUGGUCAUCGCGCCUCUCCUUCUUUCGCACCAAGAGAGCCAUCUUCACUUUGACCUUGAUAGUUAUUAUAUCUGCCGUAUUGAUCGCUCUCGGUGCCACGCGCAUACUUCGACCCAAGGCAGAUACCAGCGAUGAUGAUCAGCAACCAAGCGAUAUUAACACUACGGCCACCGGCAAUUGGAAGCCGAAUAAUUCCAGCAGCAUCGCCGACGGCACGCCCUUGCGUAUCAUGUCGCUCGGCGCUUCUCUAGUUCGAGGUGAAUUCUCGACCGGCGAUGUCGGCUUUCGCAAGACGAUGCGCGACGAAUUAGUCGAUCUUGGCGUCCCUGUCAAUAUGGUCGGCUCCCAGCGCUUCGGCGACAUGCUUGAUAAUGAUCUCGAAGCGUAUGGCGGCAACCGCGUCAGCCAGAUUCACGAGCAUGCCACGCAUAUAGUACCCCAGCUGCAGCCCAACUUAUUUCUCAUACAGGUGGGAACAAAUAAUAUUCUACAAAAUCGAGACGUUGAUAAGGCCGGCGCGCAUAUGGAAGAUUUCAUCAACUACCUAUUAAAUGCGUCAGCGCGGGCUACCGUCAUAUUCAGCACCUGCUUGACCAACACAGUUCCCGGUUGCGAGCCUAAAAUCCUUGAUGUCAAUAAGCAGUACCGAGAUGUCCUCGAGAAGUUUGAUUCGAAGCCCGUUUUGCUGGCCGAGAUGCAUCCCAGCGAAGGCUUCCCCGACCGACCUCAGGCUGCAGACAUUGGACCGGACGGUACGCACCCGACGGACUAUGGAUAUGACCUGAUGGGCCGAAUCUUCACGGAGAGCAUCCGGGAGGCAGACAGGAAAGGUUAUCUCCGAUGGCCGGUCGAAAACGGGCUCGAAAAGGACGGAGACGUAGGACGAGCCGGAGAGACUACGGCGACUCCAGAACUCCCACCCCCAACUUCUACAAGCACCAAAAUCAAUGCAACACGUGCCGCAACGGCUAUAUAGGAGUCCAUCGUUGAAACCCGUAGCCAAUCCCGAGCACUUCGUAUACGAUUUAAUGCGGUGUGGAUUGAUCACCUAUAUCGCGUUAGUCGGUAUAUCAUAAUUUAACGGUGGUGCUCAUUUAACGACGUAGCUCGAAGAGAUGCUUCAAUCUCCGAACACCCCGCAACUUGGAUCGGCUAGGCACCGUCUCUGUAACGAGACUAAAGAUGAUUGAAAUCGCGACGUCGCGUUGCUAGAGGGAGACUAGGAUCUUGAAACGUAACUCCUAACCCACAUUAUAGGUACCUAUCAUAGUAAUUAUGUAUGUAGAGUACCUUAGGUAGAUACUAAGGUACCUAGUUCACACUUACAUAAAUCCAGCUUUUUUACGAUUAUCUUCCAUCAUGAUAUUAAAAUCU